CAGGUUUCCUUCACAACCACACACACACACACACACACAGAGAACGAUGUCGGAUGUCGGAUCAGAUGAUCUUGAAUAUGAACACAACAAACUCGGGACAGGAGUAUGAAGGGGACAGAAAUGAUGAAGGAGAGAGACACGGUGUCGGCAGAGCUGUUCUGCCCAAUGGGGACAUCUACGAGGGACAUUAUGAGAAAGGACAGAGACAGGGACAAGGGACAUAUCGCUUUAAGAAUGAGGCAAGGUAUGUGGGAGACUAUGACCAGAACAUGAAACAUGGACAAGGAACCUUCUACUAUCCAGAUGGUUCCAAAUAUGAAGGAUCGUGGGACAAGGACGUGAGACACGGUCAUGGCGUCUACACGUAUUCCAACGGAGACUCGUAUGAGGGAGAGUGGCUGAAUCACAUGAGACACGGUCAGGGCACUUACGUCUACCACGACACUGGCUCCAAGUACAUGGGCUCAUGGGUGAACGGCAACAUGGAGUCAGAAGGAGAGUACGUCCACUCCAACCACAGAUUCAAGGGGAAAUUAGCAAACAAUAAGCCCAUUGGCCCCGGGAAGUACGUGUUUGAUAUUGGGUGUGAGCAACACGGAGAAUUCCGCCAGACAGAGGAGGAGGAGUUGGCCAACCCCAAGUGGAUUCCAAAGUUAAUCACAGGCCUGACGCUGUUGACUCCAGGAAGAGAGACUUCAGCUGUGGAAAAAGAAAUUGUUUCAGCAGAGAAGGCUGAGGAGAACACACCUGACUGACUCGUCCACUACUUUACAUUCUGUCUGUCAUGAUAUUGCUGAUGAUAUUCACAGAAUUUCAAAAUAAAAGUGUUUAUGUUGA